CGUUAUCUCUGCCUUGGGAGACUGACUGUACAGUAAAUGAUGCGCCUCUUGCUGCUAGCCACAUUGGCGGCACUUCUUUGGAGUCACGGCACACUCCUGGAAGGUGCAGAGGCCAGGAAAGUGCGAAAGAGGCCAAAGGAGAUGCCACCGCAGCACACGGAGGUGUUGAACACCACACUGUCCAACAGUGAGGAGGAGGAUGAGGACAUCAAGCAGGUGACUGAGGGCCAUAGAGUCGACCCGCAUGGAUCAUGGAUAGAUUUUGUCAAGAGGCCUGUUGCCAACUUCCCAGCAAAGUGCCGGAAACGAAAGCGACCACUGCCAGGACCUGCUGGACCUCCUGGCCCACCAGGACCCCAGGGCCCCCCAGGGUCCCCAGGCGCAGAGGUGACUCAAGAGGUUCUGCUGCAGGAGUUUAAAGAAAUGAUCAAAGAAGCCACAGAGAGGAGAGCUUGGGGGGACAAUGCUGCCGGACAGAGUCAGCUGCCCACGGCUGUCAUGGCACUGGAGAGCAUGGUUUCAUACAGAAGGAUUGAAGAGGCCUUUCACUGCAAGCUCCGAGGUCCUGUUGUGGUGGAUAAAAAGACACUGACUGAGCUACAGAACUUCCAGACACCUCCUGCCAAGGGUGCUUUUCUCAGAGGGACGGGGAUGGAUCAGUCCACUGGCCGAUUUACAGCACCCAUCACAGGAAUUUAUCAGUUCUCUGCCAACGUCCAUAUCGACCACAGCGAGGUGAAGAAAAGUAAAAACCCUCUCCGAGCCCGAGACAAUGUGAGAGUGCUGAUCUGCAUCGAGUCACUUUGUCAUCGAUACACGUCUUUGGAGAUGAUUGUUGGCUUGGAAAGCAACAGCAAGAUAUUCACCGUGUAUGUGCAUGGAUUGCUGGAACUUCAGGCUGGCCAGUACACCUCCAUAUUUGUGGACAAUGCAGCAGGAGCUUCAAUCACGAUACAGAAUGGCUCAGAUUUCAUGGGCAUGCUUUUGGGCGUAUAG